AUGAGCCCCAAACAGGUGAUUGUGUUCGAACGGGUAAUCACAAAUAUCGGUCAAGCCUACGACAGUAACUUUGGAGUGUUCAAGGUACCGUACAGUGGGCUUUAUGAAUUCAUAGUAACUAUUGCAGCUGCUAAAGACCACUUUGUUGAUGUGGUGCUGGUAAAGAAUGCUGCCACCCUGUGUAAAGCACAUGCGUCCACACCUGACCAGGGUAUUGGUAUGUGUGUGGCAAUUGUACACGCUACCAAAGAUGAUGAUAUCAUUGUUCGUCAUCUGAAUGGAAUCGGGACACAUUUGAGUGGACAGAAUGGUUAUUCGUCCUUCUCAGGGCAUUUGAUCAGUGCAGAUAUUGUUAACUAA